AUGGCGGGGUGCCUUGCCCGGGCCGCAGCGCCCAUGGCCGACCCUCUCCUUGCAGUGACCUCGCAGACGGCCACUGGUGCCCAGCGCCGAGAGGAGCCGCUCCGUGGGCAUGGGCAGAAGGACAGAGCCUCUCCAGACCCACAGCACUCCUUGCUGGAGGCACUCUCCUUCCUCAGCAGCGAUGACUGGGAGCUGAAGGAGAAGGGACUCUACAACAUCAAACACCUGGCUGGGUCCCAUUCAGAGGUCCUGCUGUGUAGACUUCAUGACGUUUGCUUGGCAGUUACCAGCGAGGUGGCCAACCUCCGUUCCAAGGUGUCCUACUCUGCAAUUGUCACUCUGGGAGAGCUCUUUGUGACCUUGAAGAAGAACAUGGACUCUGAGGUGGAUGAGGUUGCUCGGGUCCUUCUGCAGAUGGUGUCCAACUCCCCAGAAUUUGUUCAGAAAGCAGCCAGUCAGACCCUGGGGAUCAUGGUGGAGAAUGUGACUCCUGCACGAGCAAUGACUGCUCUCAUGGACAUGGGAGUCAAGAGCUGCCACGCCCAGGUGCGGAAGUGUGGGGCCGAGCUCCUCCUGUCCCUGAUGGAGAGAAUUGGAGUCACAAAGCUGGCAGGCACAGCCAGGGCUGAGAGGCUGGCACACGUGGCAGGGAAGCUUGCUCAGGACUGUCACCAGGACACAAGGUAAUGAUCUUCAUUUCACCUCCUAAAACAG